AAUACAUUCAUCAUUGAGCACGGUCAUGAACUCGUUUAGUGCCCCUCCAUUACCUCCAGGGUGGACGGAGCACGUUGGGCCCGCCGGUCAGCCAUACUACUACCACGUCGGGACACAAGAGUCUACAUACGUUCGGCCGCUCCCCGCGUUCCCUAUCAUUCCACAAGGUAUCAUACCACAGCCUCCGAAGAAGAAAGACAAACCGUUGGUAAAGACUCCCAUACCUGGCACAGAAUGGCUUCGCGUAAAAACCACAGAAGGAAAUGUAUUCUAUUCACACAAGGUGAAGAAGCAGAGCGUGUGGACCGUGCCAGAGGAAAUCAAGGAUGCUGUUGAAGCCUUCGAGCGUGCCGAGGAACAUGAAGACGCACAGGCGAAGCAACAACAGCAAGCAAAGAAAGAGCAAGUCCCGAAAUUGGGGUUCGAGGAGGAGCAGGAGCUCAAGCGGAUCAAGACAGAAAUGCAGAGCCUUGUAAAGCGAAAAGCGGAAGAACCUCAACCUUUGGACGAGGUUGUUAUUUCAAAAAAGGCACGAGUAGAAGAAGAGGAUGAAGGUGAAGAAGAGGACGAGGGCGAUGGGGAGGAUGACGAUGAGAGCGAGGAGGAGGAAUGGCAACGUGAGGCUGCUGCACAACUCGCUGCUGAGGCAGAGGAGGAGAAGAGGAGGUUAGAAGAAGAGGCCAAGUUCGUAAAGGAAGCGGAAGAGGCAGAGGUCAAGAAGAUGCAAGAGAAUGAGAAGUCUCAGCUCAACAUGCCCGAUCGUGUCGAUCUCUCCAUUGAGGAGGCAAAGGCAUUGUUCAAGACAUUACUCAGGGAAAAGGAUAUCAGUCCUUUGCAGCCUUGGGAUAUCUCAUUGCCCUUGUUUAUAUCGGAUCCACGCUAUGUUCUACUCCCUUCUGUUUCAGCGCGUCGUGAUGCAUUCGACGAAUACUGUCGAGAUCGCGCGCGCGAAUUACGGCAACAAAAUGUCAAGAAAGACAAGGCAGAAGCAAAUCCUAAGGAAGAGUAUGAACGACUCCUUAGCCAAGAAGUUAAGAGCACGAGAACAUCUUGGUCUGACUUUCGAAGGACGUGGAAGAAAGACCGGCGAUUUUACGGAUGGGGAAGAGAUGACCGAGAGCGAGAGAAACGAUUCAAGGAGUAUCUCAAAGAACUUGGAGAGAAAAAACGUAUAGCCGCCGAAAAAGCGGAGGCAGAUUUCUUUACUCUUCUACGAGAGAGUGGUGCGGUCAGGUCAGAUUCCUUAUGGAAAGACGUGAAACGAAAGGUAUCCCACGACACACGAUACGAUGCUGUGGGGUCUUCGUCUCUGCGUGAAGAGCUAUUCCAGACAUACCUCAAGGCACAUGGGUCUUCAUCUUCGCAUUCCACCUCUACCAGGGAUAAAGAUGAGACUGGAAAAAAUGGCGCAGAGGAAGAUGCUGAGCAAAAGCGCAAAGAAAAGAAGGAACAAGCCCUCAAAGAACGCGAACAAAAGGUAAGAGCUGAGCGUAGUCGCAUGGACGCCGAAAUAGGGCGUUCCAAAAUGGGUUUAAACCUGGAGGAAGGUGAAAGAGAAUUCCGUACACUGCUUACAGACGCGGUGCGAGACCCACAGACUACCUGGGAUUCAAUACGUCCUCAACUCCAAACCGAUCCUCGAUUCAAUAACUCCCCUCUCCCAGUCAAUCAGCAGUUACAUCUCUUCCAUGCCCAUAUGAGUCAGUUGCAGAUGAAACAUUUGGCCAGCCUACAUUCGCUAUUUCAAGCGCAUGCUUCAUCCUUGGCGACACCAUUCUCUGCUCUUCCGCUUGAAUCCCUGUUACAAUCGCUUCCGGCAACAAAGCUCGCCCUUGAUACACGUGAUCUCCAAAAGGAAUUUGACAAAUGGCAACGCGAACGGACGUACGAAUGCAGAAAAGCAUUCGACGAGAUGCUCGCAGAGAAUUCCUUUGUUGAGUUCUGGGGGAGAUUAGGUAAAAUGGGAGGUGAAGGAGCCGACGGAGGGGUCAAAGCUGACGACAUGGGUGAGGAGGAAGGCGAAGGCUUUGGUGGAAAGGUCGACAUGAAGGCGCUCGCAAAGAGUGUAGACCUUUCGGAUAUUGAAAAAGUGCUCAAGAACGAUAAGCGAUACAUUAACUUCGAGCAUGUGGCAACACAGCGAGAACGAUGGUUAAGGGAUUAUGUUGCAGGUCUGACUGCACCCAAAUUAUCUGUCCAUGUGUAGCAUAAUUGAUUCAUGUACUGUGUGGCUGAUCUUUUCAUGUCUUCAUUAGGGCGCGGUGAAAAAUUCAAGAAUUUUUGACAGCGGUUAA